ACUUGAGGGGUAAGUUAUCACUAACAGCACUUGUGUAAUCAUAUAUGAGAGAACCAUCAAACUGAAGUAAUAUUAGUUAAAGCCACGUGACCUUAUCCAGCACCGACCACUGCCCGACACCCCCUUGCCAAGCCUGAAAGUGCCAGCCAGCAUCUACGUAGGUUGAGUAAGUUGAGUUACGUACAUACCGGUCCUGGAUUUAUCUAGCUUCUUGUUGUCGCCCGACCGCCGUUGUUCUAUUUCCCGACUCUCUGCUGUCAACCCUGCACCACGGCGCGCCGCAAAGAUGGAUUUCAAUAACUUGAAGGACCAAGUGUCCAAUUUGACCUUGUACGACCUCAAAGCCGGUGUUCGCAAAGUCCAAAAUGCCGUUAUGAACUAUACAGAAAUGGAGGCCAAGGUCCGCGAGGCGACAAACAACGAACCUUGGGGAGCAUCCUCGACACUGAUGCAAGAAAUCGCCAAUGGCACAUUCAACUACCAAACUCUAAAUGAGAUCAUGCCCUUGAUCUAUCGCCGGUUUACAGAGAAGACUGCCGAAGAAUGGCGCCAGAUUUACAAGUCGCUCCAGCUGCUAGAGUUUCUCAUCAAGCACGGCUCUGAGCGAGUCAUAGAUGACGCUAGGGGUCACAUAACACUCCUUAAAAUGCUGCGCCAAUUCCAUUACAUCGACCCAAACGGCAAAGACCAAGGCAUUAACGUUCGAAACCGCGCAAAGGAAUUGGCCGAGCUACUUGGCGACGUCGAGCGCAUCCGGGCCGAGAGAAAGAAAGCAAGAACGAACAAAGCCAAAUACACUGGCGUUGAGGGAGGUUCCAUGGGUGGUGGCUUUUCCGGCGGCAGCAGCGGUCGAUACGGCGGCUUUGGUAGUGAGUCUACAGGCUACGGAGGCUCCCCGGCAGGUUACGGGGGUUACUCUGGCGGUGUAUACGGAGACGGUGGCGGGUUUGGAGGCCAGACGGAUGAGUGGCGAGAUUCUGGUAACCGUGCAGAUAAGUUUGAGGAAUAUGACGAGUUUGACGAGGGCGGCGCAGCCACAUCAAGCUCAUCUCGUCCAAAGGCAACCGAACGCGCCGAGAGGAUGGGGGUAAAAAAGACAACGCCAUCCCAACCACCUAAGAAGAAAGAGCCCGAAGUUGAUCUUUUCUCUUUUGAUGACGCCGAACCUGCACCUGUGUCGACAGGUGCGACACUAGCGUCAACAAGCAAUUCCGGCUUGGCAGAUCUAUCAAGUCCAGCCGGGGAUGACGACGAUUUUGAUGACUUCCAAUCCGCUACGCCCGCACAGCAAACAUCUGCACCUUCCAGCAACUUUGCUAUUCAACCGCCAUUGAUGACAUCGACCCAGACAGCGCCCCAGUUUGCUGCGCCAAAGCCCGUAUCCGCCCCCGCACAGGCGAGCCUCUCGGGCAUGAUGUCGUCGUUGUCGCCUCCUACGAGCACUACCUCUACGCCUGCGGCUAACUUCUCGUCAUUCAAUCCACCUCCCUCUAUUGGUGCAUCUGCCCCUCCGAAACCGACUGGGUACCAAGCAGCCGCCCCAAAUUACUUCCAAUCUGUACAGGUCCCUCAGUCGACUGGACCGUCUGGCUCAGCAAUGGGAUCGCUAUCUCCGGCGGGCACAACGCCAUCCGGCAUGUCGGCACUCAACAAACCGGCUGCCCCUGCGGCAGCUAAACCCAGCACGGGUGCUGACCCGUUUGCUAAUCUAUGGGGACAAGCUGGCACUGGCCUCAAGAAGAGCAACACACCCACCGCGGGGCCUAAGUUAGGCCAACUCGCCAAGGAGAAGACCAGUGCAUCUCUGUGGGGAGCUCCAGCAGCAAGCACGCCGAAGCCUUCCACUAGCACAAAUACCGGCAGCAGCGGGCUGGAUGACUUGCUCGGCUAGAUUGAUUAAUGAACACUGCUACAAUGGCCAUACAUUCGCGGCCGUUGGAUUAGGAGCCCCAGGUGGUUACUCGAGAUGUCGAUUCAUAGCCGUCUAGGAGUGGUGUACUACGAUGUUCAGACAGGGGUUGUGAAAAGCUGGUUUCCAUGAGCGGCUGCAUGAUGAUUUUGCUUACAAGUCCUUAGAUCGGCGUCAUGGCCCGCAAAAUGUGUAUACUGCCAUGACAAAUUAUUUCUCUGAUUAUCAGCUGAUUUUGGUCUAUAAUAGACAGAACUUGUCGUUUAUCCAAGAUAGGUAUUAACUGCAGGCGAGAGACGAAUUGAUGUUAUGGGUGACGAGGUUGGGUUUGUUUACACAAGUCAAGUCAUCCAGGUUUGAAAAAUUACAGAAAGCUUGGCCUUAAAAGCAUAUCUCAUAUUUUAAGUAAUACUUAACCUUGAACUUUGGUUUUAUUCUUGUGAAAGUCUAGAGCACAGAUACAAACCCCACCAUAGCUCGAUUGGCUAAUAUUGAGCGUUACAGCUUC